UGCGAGCGCGCACAGACAUCGCAACAGAAUCCACAAUGCGGCUCUUCUUAGCCUUCGCCUUGCUGACGGCGGCGCUGUGUGCGCAAGCGCAGUACCCGCGCCCGCGCCGCCCCGAGCGCCUCGACACGGCCGAGCAGAUCUCCAACUACCUCCGGGAGCUCCAGGAGUACUACUCCGUGCACGGCCGGGGCAGAUACGGGAAACGUCAGAUGCAUAUAGCGGAUGCAUCAGUAAUCUUCAGGGAGACGCCAUUCUCGGAUCACCCGCUCAACGAAGAGGCUCUAUUCAAAAACCUUGGAUAUAAAUAAAUAUAACAUAACCCAUUGUGCGAUGGCUACCAAUGUUCCUCCAUAUUAAUUUUCUCGACUGUUCCAUGCCAUAGACUAUAAAUUUAAGCUUAAUAGAAAUGUCAUUUUUAAUCCGUCUUUAUUCUAGUCAAUUAUUUUAGGUAAAAAAGCUUUUUACUUUAAAAAAAGUAUUUGUUUAUAAUAAGAAAAUCAUUGUUUAAAUACGCAUUUCUUUAUAGUGACUAAUUUGAAUAUAAACUUUUGAUUUUUUAUUUAGUGGUUGACUUAUGAGAUAGAUAACUAAAGUUCACAGGCUGGGUGUGAACUGACAGUUAGAUAUCUAUCUCUUUCUAUCGCUUUUGAAAUUGUAAAAAUAAGACUAAUAAAUAACUAAAAUAGCAAAUAAAUGAUUAUUCGGUGAUGUA